UUAAAAACUAUAAUUAUUUUUCUGAUAUUUUUAAUAGUGAACAAAUCGAUAUUGCUCUGGAAGAAAAUUAUCCUCUCAAUCAAUCAAUCACUUGUUUUGUUAAAAUAUUAAGCAAAACAAAACGAUAUUUGAAUUAAUGAUACUAAGCAUUGUAAUGUUCAGUGAUAUAUUCUUAAUAUAUUUUCCAGAAGUUUUCUUUUUUUGUUGUUGUUGUAUGUCUGAGUACAACGUUUGAAAUAAUAUAUGUCGUCAGAUGGAAAAUUUAAACGUGAUAUCCGUAUAAAAUAGUAAUGUUCUUUUAUAUUUGAAAAAAAAAAAAAAAAAUGGUUUCCUUAGAAAGCAAACGUUUUUUAUGCGAUAUUUGCAAUUCUGCAUUCAGUCAGAAGAGUAAUUUAUACACUCAUCGCCGUACUCAUACUGGUGAAAGACCUUACGUAUGUCCGGAUUGUGGAAAAUCAUAUGCCAAACGAUCUACCCUCAAUCUCCAUCGUUUGACUCACCUUGAAGUAAAACCUCAUCCCUGUGAUUUGUGCCCCAAAAGAUUUAGUCUGAGAACGCAGCUCAAGCGGCAUUAUACAACUCAUUUUAAAACUAAGCCUUUCAAUUGUGAGAUUUGUAACAAAAGUUUUAUCGAGAAGUGUGACCUUGCUAAUCAUGUAUUGAGUCACACCGGUGAAUCUCCUUAUACCUGUGAGUCAUGUAAUAAAACUUUUAUUAGACAAUCCAAAUUAGAGGCACAUAUUUUGUCUCAUACUGGAGAGAGAGCAUUUGUCUGUGAAUUAUGCCCAAAACGGUUUAUUCGUAAAUCUCACCUACAGUAUCAUCAUAGAAUUCAUACUGGAGAAAAACCAUAUAUUUGUGAACUGUGUAACAAAAGCUUUAGACAAAAUUCUUCUUUAAAAGUUCAUUAUUUAACACAUACCGGGCUAAAACCGUUUUGUUGUGAAUUGUGUAAUAAAUGGUUUCGGACUAAAUCUGAUCUUAAUAAGCAUGCUUAUAUUCAUGGUGGUGAAAAACCUUUCAAGUGCGAACUCUGUUUAAAAAGUUUUAUACAGAAAGGAGCACUUGAGAUACACAGUUUUAUCCACACUGGAGAAAGGCCACAUAUUUGUGAAUUUUGUAAAGUUGGUUUUCGAAGCAAAACCCAUCUCAGGAAACAUUAUGAAACUCACAUGAGAGAUAGAAUUCAGAAGGAUAAACAAAAAUCUUCACAAAAUUUGAUGCAGACAGAAAUAUUGACACAAACUGAUAUAGAGAAACAUAAAAUUGUCUUAAUUUGAAGAUAAAUAAAUAAAUAAAUUAAAAGGAAAAGAUAAUGGUAAAUGCUUCAUCUUGUGAAAAAUAAUACAAAAUGUUUGAUUAUCUUUUUUGAGUUUUGUCUUUUAAAUGUUGGUGCCUAAUGUACACAAAAAAAUUAAAAAUAAGGCUAAUUAUUUUUUUUUGUCAUUAUUUUCCAUUUUUAUAACUUUCUGAGUAAUGACAUAGUAUCCUUUGGCAUUGA